CCUGCUAGCAUAGAGCUCUUAGCUCCACUGAGGAAAGUGGUUUCUAAAAACAAUUCUAGCUAUGAGAUUUUUUUGGGGGGGGGGGUAAACACUAUUGAUGCUGGCCAAUCAUUCAUGCAAGCAUCUGAAUAAAGGAGUCCAAUAGAACAGCAUCAGAUGGAGUCUUGUAAGAUAUCACUUGUAUCUUUCUCCCAUGCAGUCUCUGACCUACAUUAAUUUAUGAAGUGGCAGUAGGGACUAUGACAGAGUGAAGCAGUCUCUUGAUUUCAUUUCUACAAAUUCAUGGAACAGAAGGAGGCUGCAGUAACACAAAGUGGACUUAAACUGUAAACCAGAGGAACCCUACACAUCAGCAAUCACAGCUUACUUAUGUGCUUUUGCACUAAUUUGUACUAUCUGAAAUGGAACGGUCUGUUUUGAGGCCUCCACAAUGCUGUAAGGAAGGUGGAUGUAACCAGUGGAUACCUUACCCAGAGCAGAAUGCCCUCGGGAGUAAUAUACUGGGCCUUAUUAUUGAAGAGACUGGUGUAUAACCAGUAUAACUCCAUUGACUUCAGUGGAGUGUCUCCUGAUUUCAGCCAAUGAAAAUGAGAGGAAUAUGAAUAUCUGGUGCUUAGCUGUAGUGUUACCAAACAUAGUGGUUACUAUGAAAAGCUUAAGCAAAGAGAUUCCUGUGUUAGCUGGUUUUCUGACCACCCACACUCUACAGGAUAGUGUGGAACUAAGAGCAUGGUAGGGAUUGACAGAUGUCUGAAGUCACCAUUCUUUCAAACAGUUUUAAAUUUCAAACGAACAGCUGGGUGCAUAAAGGAAGUAAACAGUAGCGAGACAACUGUUACACAGCUGACCAAAGCUCCAAAAAAUGGAAGAAGCUGAACUGCUGAAGGAAAGAUUCCAGGCCAUAACAGACAAGAGAAAGCUUCAAGAAGAAAUCACACAGAAGCGUCUUAAAGUAGAAGAAGAAAAAUUAAAAUACCAGCAUUUGAAGAAAAAGGCCCUUCGGGAGAAAUGGCUCUUGGAUGGCCUGAGUGCUCUCACGCCAAAAGAGCAAGAAAAAAUGCAAAAGCACAAUAGAGAAGACCAGGAACGGACCAACGACCUGGAACAAAGCAUCCUCAGACUUGAGAAAGAAAUUGAAGCUCUGGAAAAAGAAGAGAUGAAAAUCUCAGUUAAUGAACAGGCAAUUUUAAAGAAGCUUAAAUCAGUUGAGAGAACAGCAGAAGAUAUCUUAAAGUCUGUGAAGGCAGCUAAAGCAGAAAUUCAAGAAGAGGCAGUGGACUACAUAUAUACCAACAUACCUGACCUUCCAAAAUCCUUCAGACCUUCUGCACUGAAAAGGGCAGGACAUGCAGGAACUGAGGAUGACGAGGAAAACAGAAGAGCAUUGUUUGCCAUGGAAAUUAAAGUUGAGAAAGACAUGAAGACUGGGGAAAGCACAGUUUUGUCUACCAUACCUCUUCCAUCUGAUGAGUUUAAAAGUACAGGAGUAAAAGUCUAUGAUGAUGGUAGGAAGUCAGUCUAUGCAACAUGGUCCAAUGGCAGUUCAACACAUAAUGGCAUAGAUGAGCUUGCACCUGUUGAGGUGGAAGAUCUUUUAAGAAAAGCAACUGAAAAAAAUGCUAAAUCUCCUACAGAGUAUCACGAGCCUGUGUAUGCAAACCAGUUUUACAGGCCAACAACUCCCCAGAAAGACAAAUUAGUUCCUGGACGAAAUUUGGAAAACACUGUUAAAAAAGAGACUAAUGAACUUGGCAAUCAUCAAAAUGAAUCUUUCUAUAACAAAGGCAACAGGCAACACAAUGAAGAAAACGGUUUUGAUCUUCCCAAAUUAACACUUCCAAAGUCUCCCUCUCCAGGGUCUCAGCAAAAAGAGGGAAAGGUACACAUUAGUCCAAAAACCAGGAUAAUACAUAAUGAUGAAAGAGGAGUUCUACAAAAGGAUUUGGAACCCUAUCAGAAGACAAGAGAGAGUCAUUGUGAGGCAAUGUUUUUGAACUCAGAGAAUACCAGUGAAAAGUCUCCUGUCACUCAGGAUGCUGAUGAAGAUGUUAGGUACAGCAUUGUUCAAGCUGUGCCAUGUUAUGUGGAUGAUACAGAACCUGUUACAAUGAUUUUCAUGGGUUAUCAGCAUGUAGAUGAUGAUGAUGAAGAAGCAGCAGCAGCAAACAAAAACUUGUCCAGAUAUGAUGGAAUUAUCCAUGCGGAACUGGUUGUCAUUGAUGAUGAUGAUGAAGAAGAAGACAGCAAAUCUGAGAGACCGUCAUAUCAUCCUGUAGGCCAUUACAGUCAAGUUUACCAGCCACCCAACAAACAAAUAGCAGAAGUUCCACAGAGGAUCCCAGAGGGCAAAGUAGGUGGAAACAUCAAUAAAUCAUCCCACAAAAACUCCAUAUCCCUGCAAGAACAAGAGGAAAAUUUGAGCUCUCCUAUGUACCAUACUCAUCUCAGUGCCCAGCUAUCUGGAGAUGGUACAGAGGAUCCCUCAUUAACAGCUCUGAGGAUGAGAAUGGCAAAGCUGGGGAAAAAGGUGAUUUAACAGUUGGAAUGACAUGGAACUAAAAUUUAGGCUUUGUUAAUCAAAAGAGAAUAAAGUUAAGACUUACUUUCCGGCUGUUUUUUCUGGACUUUA